AUACCAAAAUUUUGGGUCAGACCGAAUGCCAACCCUUGGCUUGAGAGACUUGAGAGGCAGCACUCCCCUACCAAUCCACACGACAUGAGCGCGGCGGCGGAGGCGGAGGCGGCGGCGGUGGAGUCGUUACCGGACGACGUGGUCGCCGAGAUCCUCCUCUGCCUCCCGCCUCACCCUUCCUUCGUCUCCGGCGCCUCCCUCGUCUGCAAGCGCUGGCUCCACCUCAUCCGCAGCCCCAGCUUCCUCCGCCGCGUGUGCGCAUUCCAUCGAACACCCCCCGUGCUCGGCUUCUUCCACAACUACCGGGACCUCCCCAGCUUCGUCCCCGCCGAGGGCGUCCCCGGCCGCAACCGCAUGGACGGAGUCGACGACGGCGGCGACGCGCGGAUGUUCAUCGACUGCCGCCACGGCCGCGCCCUCCUCCGCCGAUACGACUGGGCCGACCUGGUCGUGUGGGACCCCAUGACCGGGGAGCGCCGCCGCAUCGCCGGCCCCAACCAGAAGAUGCAGGGCGGCGGCGCCGGCACCUCCCGCCGCAGCGCCGCGUUGUUCUGCAGCUGCGAUGUUUCCGGAGGCGGCGGCGACCAAGACUGCCACUCUAGCCCCUUCCAUGUCGUCGUCGUGUUCACCGGUGGCUGCCGCGCGUUCGCCUGCGUGUACUCUUCGCUGACCGACGCGUGGGGCGACCUGAUCUCAACGCCGGCGCCAUUGCCAUGUGAGCUCUGUGACACGCCCCCUGCCCUGGUUGGGGAAGCCUCGUAUUGGCUUUCUUAUGGGGGACUCAUACUUGAGUUCCAAUUUGGCAGCCAAAGUUUAACUCUGAUGAAACGGCCAUUGGAGAUGCUUGCCGAUGUACGUCUUGUGAGGUUGGAAGAAGAUGGGCUUGGUCUUGCCUUCAUCAAGGAUUCCACCUUGCACUUGUGGGCGCGGGAGGUUGCCGAUGAUGGUGCGCCGAAAUGGAAAUGGAUACCGCGCAGGGCCAUUGAGCUUGACAAGUUCCUGCCGAUGCCAAGGGUGCUCACCGGAAAAUGGUGUGGUGAAAUGUUUGUUUCGAUUAGUGGGUUCUCUGAGGAUGGAAAUGUGGUGUUUAUACGGACCCUUGCCGGCGUUUUCCUUGUUUGGCUUGAAGCAUUGAAGUUCAAGAAGAUGUCUGACCCCUUAUACAUGAUGACUGUUCACCCAUAUUCAAGCUUUUAUGUCCCAAAUGGUAUGGGAAGUUCUCUCUCUUUCUUUAUCCUCUGCUGUUUAGUAUUGUUUUUAGCUAAUGAAAAGAUUUCCAGUGUCUUUCUUUUGGUGCUGAACCCAGUAUUAUGUGUCUCAUUGUGGUUUAGGAGUGAAAGCAAAUAGAGUAUACAAUAGACCAAACUUUUCCAAGUCACUUUCAUUUUAUGGCUUGUUGAGCUGAUGUUCAAUAGUCAGCAUUACCACUAUGGUUGGAAGUGGAUUGAUUCUACUUGCGCCAAUUUCAAUAAUAUAUCAUUUAUGAUUUGGAAAAUCUUUUCUAUAAUGCCACAUUUCUGUAAGAAAAAAAUAUGACAAGUAUUGAUUCAGCAUCUGUUCUAUUUACAGUAGUAAUGAUCUAGUAGUUUGAUUAAAAUAAAUAUGCAGAUGACCUUUUCUUUAUAAUCAAUGCCUGUGAGUUGGAAGCGAAAACAUUGAUAUUGCGCGGCAAGUGUUAAUUUUACAUCAUUUAGAGCCUUAGAGAUGAAGUGCUAAUGUGUAGUGGUAACAGAUAAAGCAUCAUUUCUGAUGCUUAUGAACAAAACAUAAGUCCAGUUCUUAUCAUGUAGACAUAGUAUACUUUUCCUUCAAGGGUGCAUUGAAAUGUAUGUUGGCACAAUCUCUGUGACUUAUAAGUGAACGAAGAUGCGAAAACUCCAUGAGCUUUCAUGCACAUCUUCUGUAAUACAAACCUUAUUAGCUUGUUGACACUUUGAGACAUUUGUGCAAAAGGUACUGCCAAAGUUGCUUUAUAAUACCAGAUUGAUAUCUCAUUCUGCAUAUAUUGUAGAGUAAAAACUUUCAGAUGAAAAGAACAGUAACAGAAAGAUAACUUGUGAUGUUUGGACAUGAGUACUUUUUCAAUGACCAUUCAGGAAUAUGUUAUUCUCUGUAUUGGUUCCAUGGGAAUGAUUUCAAUUAAAUUCUCUUACACUAUAAUGUGUUGAUUACUUGAUUAUGCUAAUAUAUGAUUCUUUUAGUAUAGGUUGCAUAUAGUAUAACACUAUUAAAUUCUCAUGUACUAUAAUGCGUGAUUACUUGAUUACGCUAAUUUAUGAUUUCUUUAUUGGUUGGACUUAUUGUAAGUCAAGCCAGGCCAUUGAGCUGCGAAUCAACAAAUCAUGUAGGUGUUUGUUUUUUCUACUUGCUGAUUUUCAUUGUAUUGUUGUGGUUAUUGACUUAUUAAGUUCGAGUAUUGGACUGAUUGUAUCUUAAUUUUAGUACUUUACAUUAAAAUCGGUAAUCUUAAUGAGCUAGUGUUUCAAAAUUAAACUGCACCAGAUAUCAUAAAAUGCCAUUCUAAAACAUGAAAUAUUUGGAAGCUAAUAAAAAUGCUAUCUGAAAAGUGUUGUUCAAGGCACAGUCACUUUCUAGUUAAAAGGCAGCUAGAACUGAAGCUGACUAUCCCAAUUCAGGAAGACAGAAAUUGCUGGUUGGGUUAGUCCAACCAAUAUUUGGGAUUCUUUGGGCUUUGCUAGGGCUGACUUCAGUAUGACAAUCUUAAAGGUCUAUAAUUGCACACUUGAGUGAUCUGUCUACAGCCAAUUAACCAGAGCAUCUAUAGCAGCUUCACCGCUUUCUUUUUAGUAUUAAACUGCCUUUUCAAUGUGAAAAAAAGGCCUAGGCCUAGUACUCAGUCACUCAGAGCCAAAAAAAAAAAAACAUGCUUCCAGGAAAAAUAUACAUAACCCAAUGGACCAUUUUAUUGUUUGCUGAACAUGGCUGACUGAGUGACUAUUAUACUUCAAAUUCUUCAUGAAGUUUUACAUCAUUUCUGGAAAAUAUCUUAUGCUGUCUGGUCAUUCUACCUUCCUCAAACUGGUGAUUUCCGUUGUAGUACAUGUGUUUUACUUGAGUCCAUAAGGGAAGUGCAAUUAUAUUGAUGUCUGCUGUCUUUUUUUUUGUCCUGCAUUUGUACAUCAAAAUCCCAUUAUUCAAUUAGGAACAUUUAAUGGCGAAACUAGGAAAAAGAUAAUAGGUAAACACCACAUUCGAUCCAGAAUUUUAUGGGCAUGUUGGUUCCUAUGAGCUAUUUUGAGCUGUUUGGAUGAAUGCCACCAAUUGCGAAACAUUUCUUGUUGCCACACUUUAUUGUGGUGCCCAAUUUAGCAGAACAGUGUGUGUGUGUGUGUGUGUGUGUGACAAGCAGGGAUUGAAAUUUCGGUUCGAAAUUUCCGAAAUUUCGGAACCCACCGGCAUGUCAAUAUUUUGGCCGAAAUUUUCGGUUUUUCUCAAUUUUUUGUGAAUUUAGUCAAAAUCAGUUAAAUUGCGUCAAAAUUUCAGAAAAUUUCGGUCCAAAAAUUACCGAACCGAAAUGGCCGAAAUUUUAGCCAAAAUCGAAAUUGAAAACCCUAGUGACAAGUAGGCCAUGAUGUUGAAGAACUGUAGGUCUGUGGCAUGGACCUGCUUAACUCAAGUGUGGCAAAAUGUGGCAUGGUAGCCAUCUGGUGGCAAUACUAGAUCAGCAAUAGCCCAUAAGAUGACUUCUAAUUAAGAUAUUCUAUACAUGGCCAAUGUGCCAUACUAAAGACUAGUCUUAAGAUUGCUGAAAUAGCAAAGUACAAGUAUUGGUACACCAUUAACUUACUCUUGGUAUUGUCUGACUUUGAUUGUGUUAAUUCAUCAAAGCUCAUAGCUUAUAUAUCUUAUUGUUUGG